AUGUGUCAACAAUACUUUACCAUCUACUCCUGGUGCCACUGCGAGGAGGCCGCCGGCGAACACUACUGCACCGAGCGCAGCCGCGACAGCUGCCCCAGCCUCGACAUCAAGACGGUCCACAUGCAAUGCUUCUGCCACCUGCAUGCCACGCGCGGCUUCAAGUCGGAGCGCAAGUGCCGCAAGCACGAGCGUAAGCAGGAG